AUGACACAAUUAGCUAGGAAAUGGAAUGUGUCAGUCCUCACCAGUGAUGUGCCAUCUGCAGGAACAAGCUCAAAGGUUUAUAUUGCAUUGUAUGGGGAUCGUGGCAGUUCAGGUCCUAUUUUUCUCGAUGGAGAGAAAGGAAAAUUAUUUCAGAGAGGCAAUGAAGACAUCUUCACAGUGCAGUUGCUGAACCUUUUCUCAGGGGAGCAGUUCUCUUUCCCUGCACAUCGAUGGCUGGCCAAGGACCAGGCUGAUGGGGAAAUAUCUGUGGAGCUUCCUGUUUUCCAGCAGGGUCAGCCUAUUCUUCCAGUGACUGUCUACAAAGUGCAUGUGACAACAGGAGACCUGUGGAACGCUGGAACUGAGGCUGAUGUCUACAUUUCUGUCUAUGGAGAAAGAGGUGAUACAGGAUCAAGACAGCUGCUCAGGUCACAGAAACCCAAGAAGUUCUUAAAAGGACAAACUGACAUCUUUGCUGUUGAAGCUGUGCACCUUGGAUGUUUGUACAAGAUAGUUAUAGGACACAAUGGGCUUGGAUCAGGAAAUGGAUGGUUUCUGGACAAAGUUGUAAUCAAGGAUCCUAUAACAGAUUUGGAUUAUAUUUUUCUUUGUCACAGGUGGCUGGACCAGGGACAGGAUGAUGGCAAUAUUUCUCGAGAACUGCCUGUGACAGAUGCCAGCAUGCUUCCAGGAAGACAAGAGCUGGAACUCAAGAGAGAAAAAACUUGGGCUGCAGAAAAGUGGAAAUUUCGGAAAGGCAUUACACUUCAAUUUUACAACAGGGUCACUCGUGGCUUCGUUUGCCUGUACCCAGAUAGCAGAGUUGAUGCUCUUGGUGACAAGAAAAACAAAUAUGGUCUUUUUGAUGUAAAUGUCAAAAGGAGAAAUAUAUGUAUAUUCAGCAGUCAUCAAAUGCCAUCUCUUGCUCUUGCUCUUGUCAGUGGCCGUGUAACUGGAAAGAGCAAAGACAAGGCCUGCUGUGAGCUCCGUGUCCACCUUCAAGCAAGCAGCCGUGCCAUUCUUGAGUCAGCCAGCUACCCAGGUCACACUGUGGCUUUCAACAUCCAAGGAAAAGUGGCUGAUGAAGCAACAGGAUAUGCUGGGCUUUCCAGAGAAUUUGUAGUGCAUGUCAAGGGUGUGUUUCAUCAUGGUGCCAUCAUUCUGCUCAACACAAGUCUCUGCCAGGCUCUGUCCCUUAGACCUGAUGGGAGCUGCAGUGGAGCAGGUCAGCAGCAGCAGGAAUCCUACUGGAAAGUGCAUAAAAUCAGCUCUGGACUCUGCAUGUUUGAAAGUGUAAAAAAGCCAAGAAUGUAUCUGAAGAUCCAAGAUGACCAGUGUGAUGGAACAGGCACAGGUGAUGAAUACUGUCAAUUUAAAAUUGAGAAGAAUUUGGAAAUGGGAUCUGUGAGCCUGGAAUCAGUGCGAAAUAAAGGGAUAUAUGUUGGUCUUCUGCCAGAUGGCCAAACUAAGCCAGUUGUUAACACUGGAGAGAGAAAUAUCUUUUUCUACCCACAGGUCAUCAAAUUUGGCCGGGAAAAGCCUAUGGGAACAUCUGCAGCACCCAAACAAGAAAAGAAUGACUUAAGAGCAUGUCAAAUCCAACCAGCAAAAGCCCAGGAGCCAGUACCUCAAAGGCCUUCAACUCCUCCACCCUCAAAGGAAAUGAGAAAUCCCCAAGGUGGUGAGAGUCCCCUUCCUUUGGAUGAUGAAUGGAAAGUGUCAGUACUGACAGGAAAUGCAGGAACAGAAGCAAGUGUUGCUCUUUGGAUAUAUGGAGACAGAGGAUUAACUGGACCCAUAACUCUUGGCAAGGACAACGGGAAGCAGCUGUUUUUUCCCAGGCAGGAAGAUGAAUUUCAGGUUAAAAUAAACAGCAUUGGGAAUAUCUAUAAAAUAAGAAUUGAACUUGAUGGAUUACCAGAUGAACAACCUGAGUGGAACUUACAGAGGGUGAUCCUGCAACAUCUAAGGAGCAAGAAAACACUGAAUUUUCCAGCAAACAUAUGGCUAUCAAAGAAUCGUGAUAAUAGAGAACUUCUGUGUGAACUUCCAGUAGUGGAAGCUGGAAAACCAAUCUAUCCAAUUGUUUUAUACCGUGUUUAUGUCCACACUGGUGACUUGGAGCAAGCUGAUACCGACUGUGCAGUUUAUUUGUGUAUCUAUGGAAAAAGAGGAGAUUCUGGUCUAAGACUUCUGCAUAAAACUGGUGCACCAGUGCCAUUUCAGAGAGGAAUGGUCCGUGGAUUUGUAGUGGAGGCUGUAUCCCUCGGGAAGCUGCAGAAGGUGCUGUUGCGCUGCGAGGCCGGCACCCAGUGCCAGCGCUGGUACUGUGAUAAAGUCACCGUCAGAGAAGCUGGGAGCAACUCAAAAUAUGUUUUCAAUUGUGAAAGGUGGCUUCCAUUUAUGUCUCAAGGUAAAAUCCAUUCAGAAAUUGAGCUGUACCCUCAAGGUAAUAUUUAUUUUUACUUUAUGGAAGUAAGAGCAAUAAUUAGUAAUCCUUUACCUCUGAAAAAAUCUGGACAGAUUUUACACCAUAAAUAUCAGAGUUAA